AUGGUAACUGUCGGACAGCCUGACGUCUGUUUGGAAGUUAUUCUUAAUACCCAUGCCUCGAACCUUCUUUGGAAAUCUUGUCUAUCUUCUUUGAGGUUGAAGUUGAGAAAGAGGAUAAUCAUGCGGGGCUUUACUUCUUGGGCUGCUGUGGCAGCUACUGUGAAUGUUGUAUCAGGUCACGCCGUGCCUCUUCACUCGAUUCGUGCAUCUGCGCUGGCAUCGAAGGCGUUGCACGCAUCACACGGCCUGCCCUCGGCGGUCGAUGAAGCUCCUUCCGAAGAGGACUUCCCAUUUGACUGGGAUCUUGCGUCCUCGUUGGCAGGUCUCACUGGCCCACCACCCACCGCUACAGUCCACGAAUAUGCGACAGGUUUACCCCAGUCGUUCACAAAAGAUUCUCCUGAUUUGGGAUCAUGGACGACGCCGAGCUUGGACUGGUCAUCAGAGCUUGAGCCCACAAGGACGCCAGCUAGCCAUAGCUCUACCAUUAAUGCUCGGCCAACACCAAAACCAUCGAGCUCGUCAACCGAAAACAGUCAAGACUCAAUGGGUGACAGUGAAAAAUCCCCACUGCCAAGUUCUUCGGCGAUACUGAAUGAGAGCCACUCGCCUGCCACAAAAACGUGUGCCAAACCAGCAAGCAGAUCAGAUGGUCCCUAUUGGUUCGAUCAACAAGACCACAAUCAGCAUGGUGCUGGCUUUGCACCCUACGCGAAGACAGGUCAAUAUCCUGUUUACCGCAACGCAAUGGAUUACUCGGUGGUCAACGACGGUACUGGAGACCAGACGACGAGGCUGCAACAGGCGAUCGAUGACGAUGGUGCUGGCGGUUCUCGUAAGGGGCAAGGUGUAGCACGUUACCCGGCCCAGGUUUAUCUGCCAGGUGGUGUAUACCAGCUCGGGAGCACCCUCGAUCUGACAGUUGGAACCAUUAUUGUCGGUGACCCGUUGAACCCACCCGUCCUCAAGGCUGCGAAGGGAUUCAAUGGUGAUUACCUCGUGAUGGGAUACGACUCACACGCGGGUCAGCCGGAAACAUCCUUCGCCAUUGUGAUGAAGAACAUCAUUCUUGACACCACGGCUUUAGACCCAAGCCGCAAGAUCGGUGCACUCCAGUGGGGUGUCGCCCAAGGGUCGGGACUGACAAACUUGAGAAUCCGCAUGCCUACUGAUUCCGUCGGACACGUUGGUAUCGACAUCAAGGCUGGCUCGACCAUCGCGGUCACGGACGUGGACAUCACUGGUGGUGCUAUUGGAAUUAGAAACUCGAACCAACAGGUCAACUUCAAGAACGUCUCGUUCAAAUCUUGUGGCACUGGUUUCAAUGCUGCAGGCGGUUGGACAGUUCUCCUCCAGCAUGCCACCUUCGAAGGCUGUGGAACCGGUAUUGAUAUGACCAGUAACGCCCUCGGUAGCAUGGUACUAUUGGACUCUAUUGCUGUCAACACAGGGCCUGUCGUUCGAUUCCAUGAUUCGUCAAAGGAUCAAGGUAGCCAGAACAGUCAGUUUCUUAUCCAGAAUCUGCAGCAUGACACCGCCAAUGCCAUCGCCGUUGAUACCGAUGGCAAGGUGGUACUUGCUGCCACCCCACACGUCAACACAUGGGUUUGGGGAACUGUUGUGCCCGAGAGAUACGAGACUGGUGCAAGCUGGGAUACUAAGCGCCCGGAGCCUUUGCUUGUCGAUGAUAAGUAUUUCAUCAAGGCACAGCCCACGUACCAGGACUUCACCAAAGAAGACAUUGUUAAUGUCAAGCUGGUGUCUGCCCACAAAGUCAAUGGAGACGGUCAGACCGAUGAUACUGAGAGUCUGAACGCCAUCCUCGCCGCGAACGCCGAUUCUUGCAAAGUGACCUACAUCCCCCACGGUGUCUAUCGGGUCUCAGACACUAUCUUUGUGCCUGUUGGAACGCGCAUUGUCGGAGAGGCUUGGUCUGUUAUCUCAGGAUACGGCUCCAAGUUCAAGAACUCUGACCAGCCAAGACCAGUUGUUCAACUUGGUAAGCCAGGUGAUGUGGGUCUGAUUGAGAUUCAGGAUAUGCGUUUCUCAGUUGGUGAGAUCCUUCCCGGGGCCAAGAUUAUCGAGAUCAAUGCUGCUGGCAGUCAGCCUGGCGACGUCGGUAUGUGGAAUACGAUGGCGCUGGUUGGUGGUACCGCGGACACCAGUAUCGCGACUACCUGUACUUCGCAAGAUCCCAAGAACUGCAUGGCAGCCUUCAUGGUCAUGCAUCUUACCGAGAGCUCCUCUGCAUACAUUGAGAACUUCUGGGGAUGGACGGCAGAUCACAACCUGGAUAGCCAGUCCCUCCUCACCAUCAUCUCCACUGGACGUGGUAUUCUCGUCGAAGCCACCAAGGGCACAUGGUUGACCGGUACUGGUUCCGAGCAUCACUGGCUGUACAACUACAACUUCCACAAUGCUCAGAAUGUAUUCGCAGGUCUGCUCCAAACAGAGUCCCCCUAUAUGCAGGGUAAGGGUGAGUACCAGGCCGCCCCAGCGCCCUGGACCGCCCUCGCUCAAUACGGCGACCCUGAUUUCUCGUGGUGUGGAGCCGACGACCAGAAGUGUCGUAGUGCCCUUGCUACCAACAUCGACGGUGGAUCCAACCUCGCCCUUUACAACUCCGCCGCUUGGGCCUUCUUCGACGGGUCUUGGAACGGCCUGUACAAUGAGCCCUGUGAAGGGGAGUGUCAGUCCAACAUGAUGCGGGUGACAAAUGACCCGGUCAACCUUGUGUGGUACUCUAUUAGUACCCGGAAAACGGACGUCAUGGUACUAGAUGGGAAGACCAACCCCCGCGAGGCGAACCACCAAGGCGGGUGGGAAGGUAUCAUCCAGGUUUAUGGAGAGUUCACGGCUUGA